AUGGCGGUGAGAGUUCGAGUGCGAGGUCGCAAGAGUAAAGGGAAAGGGCAUGGCCAUGGCGGUGAGCGCAUUACUGUGAAACAGGAGGCUGGUGAGGACAUUGAUCAGCUGGUACAGGUGCAAAAACCGCGUGCUAAGCUUCGAGUCCAAGAAGCUGCCACUCAGAAGCGCAGGGAGAAGCCUGCAGCGCGGGUAACACCUGCAAGGGAGGUUCCACUUGCUGAUAGGAUAGAAGUAAAACACAAAUCUGUGAAAACCAGUAGAACUGGCAGUAAUGACCGACAGAGAAACAGGGCUAAUGGGGUGGACCCUUUCGAAAGGAUGAUCCGCCACCAGUUAGGUGUCAUUGGCUACACUGAGAUCACAAAUCCUCAGAUGAAACGGUUUCUCAGCCUGUCGACACCAAAUAAGAUCAACGCUAUGAGGGGUCUAGGCUUUACCGAUGAACGUAUAAUGAGCUUAUUCAAUAGCACUGGUGUUAAAGUAACAGAGCUUUCCAUGAAGAAGGCAGACCAGAUGCAAAAGCAAAAACAAAAUCAAAAAGACUCCAGCGAUACUGGUUUUGGCAAAAGAAAAGAAAAGAGUACAAAUGGAGUUAGAAACAAUACACAGUCUAUAGAAGGAACACCUAGUACAAUUGUAGAUACACCAAGAAACGGACUAGAGAUUCCUCUUAUGUCACCGGGUCUUGCGAUCACUAAUCGCAACAAAUUAGUAAUAUCUACUUCCACCAAGCCAGAUAAUGGGAACCUGCUUACAAUUUACAAUUUGACUCUCGGAUUGGAUCAGGAAAAAUUAAAAGAUAUCCUAGAGAGCUAUGGCAAUACCGAGAUUGAUAAAGUUGUAGUUCGUGACUUACCUACCGGAUCUGCAAUGGCCACAGUUCACUUGAAAGAACCCUCUACCGAAGAAUUGAUCAGAGUGAGAGACUUCUUUCACGGUGCCACUGUCGAUGGCAGAACAAUUCAAGUAAUGAUAUCAGCAGAUCCAACUAAGAACCUGUCUUCUGCCAUUUGA